ACUCUUAAGUUUGUAACAGUGCAGCUUCUUCAGGACCUGCUGGACAUGAUCAUGGGAAGCACGUUGGCCAAAUGUGCAGCCACCGACCUGGCCAUUCAGUGGGUCGGGUGGGCACUAGCGUCUGCUCUCAAAACGGAGAAGUUUUACGACUUGGCAGGAUCUGGAACCUUCAUAAUGCUGGCUCAUCUGAGUCGUAUUUGGGGCGGAAAUGGCCACAUUAGACAGAACGUACAAACUGGACUUGUCUCUGCCUGGGGGCUGAGGCUCGGGACAUUUCUCUUUCUUAGAAUCCUAAAGGAAGGACAAGACCGGAGAUUUAACAAUGUCAGAGACAGCCCUGGGACAUUCUUUGUGUACUGGACCGUGCAAGCUUUGUGGGUCUUUAUUACCCUAUUGCCCACCCUAAUUCUAAACAGUGAGAGGAGAGAUGAACCCCUGGGCCCACGUGACUACAUCGGGUGGGGAAUAUGGGGGCUGGGUUUUGCAACAGAGGCCAUUGCCGACCAGCAGAAGUGGAAUUUUAGGAGUGAUCCAGAUAACGCUGGAAGGUUUAUUCAUCAUGGACUGUGGGCAUACAGCAGACACCCAAACUAUCUGGGGGAGAUUCUGCAAUGGUCAGGCCUGUUCCUGGCCGCUUCCUCCGUCAUGCGUGGACCUCAAUACCUCAGUGCACUUUCUCCUCUCUUCGUUUGGUUCUUACUGAGACACGUUAGUGGGAUCCCCAUCCUUGAGAAACAAGCUAUGAAGAAGUGGGGAUCGGAUCCUGCUUUCCAGAACUACAUCAAGAACACUCCACUCCUAUGGCCCUUCCCCAAAUUUAAAGGAGAAUGAAACAUAUGUACAGAACUUGCAGUAAUUGCUCACGCUGACAAAUGAACAUUGAGAGCUCUUGUGAAUGUCUGAAUAUACAGUUGAGCCCCCCCCCCCCCCCCUUUCAGAAUCAUUAAAAAUGUUCAUUAUUUUAACAAAAUAAGGAGGAUCAUAUAAAAUGAGUGUUUAAACCUUCUGUAAUAGUUGCGUAUCAGUCUCAGUUGUCCUCGGUGUGAAAAGAUGGACCUCAAAAUCAUACAGUCAUUGAUGGAAAGGGUUCAAAUACACUGCUGGAAAACCAAAGAAUUUGUGGGACCUGAAGGAUUUUUCUGAAGAACAGCAGGCAGUUUAACUGUUCAGGACAAACAACAGUAAAACACAGUAUUAAAAAUCAAGGGGAUGUAAA